AAACGAAGAGAGACACACGCAUACAAAAGGAUUUCUUUCCUAUUCGUUAGUGGAUUGUUAAACCUGAGUGGGAAGGAGAAAAGAACAAGGGUGGGUUGUUUUAUUUUGUUCUUAUUUUUUUCCUUUAAAAAAAUCCCUUAAGUGGAUUUGUACCAGGGUGGAAGAUAACUGGGGAUUUUUGUUGUUUGUUUUGGGAAUAGAAACUAAAAAAUGGAGACUGUAAGUAGAAGCAGCUUCCAGCCUCAUCCAGGACUGCAGAAGACCUUGGAACAGUUUCAUCUGAGCUCUAUGAGCUCCCUGGGUGGCCCUGCUGCUUUCUCAGCACGAUGGGCACAGGAGAUGUACAAGAAAGACAAUGGCAAAGACCCAGCGGAAUCUGUACUGCAUCUGCCCCCUAUCCAGCCUCCUCCGGUGAUGCCUGGUCCUUUCUUCAUGCCCUCGGACAGAUCCACGGAGAGGUGCGAGACCAUCCUGGAAGGGGAAACCAUCUCCUGCUUCGUGGUGGGUGGAGAAAAGCGGCUUUGCUUGCCCCAGAUCCUGAACUCUGUGCUCAGGGACUUCUCCCUGCAGCAGAUUAAUUCGGUGUGUGACGAGCUACAUAUUUACUGCUCCAGAUGCACUGCUGACCAGCUGGAAAUCCUCAAAGUCAUGGGCAUCCUGCCCUUCUCUGCUCCUUCCUGCGGGCUCAUCACUAAAACUGAUGCUGAGAGGCUUUGUAAUGCCUUGCUUUAUGGUGGCACCUAUCCUCCCCACUGCAAGAAGGAAUUCUCUAGCACAAUUGAGCUGGAGCUUACAGAGAAGAGCUUCAAGGUGUACCAUGAGUGCUUUGGGAAGUGUAAGGGACUCUUGGUGCCAGAGCUUUACAGCAACCCCAGUGCAGCCUGCAUCCAGUGCUUGGACUGCAGGCUCAUGUACCCACCUCACAAAUUCGUGGUCCACUCUCACAAAUCGCUGGAAAACAGGACUUGCCACUGGGGCUUUGACUCUGCAAACUGGAGAUCCUAUAUCCUCCUCAGCCAGGAUUACACUGGGAAAGAGGAAAAAGCUAGACUGGGCCAGCUCUUAGAUGAAAUGAAAGAAAAAUUUGACUAUAACAACAAAUACAAGAGGAAAGCCCCCAGGAUCUGGGAGUCUCCGAGAGUUCAGCUCUGCUGGAACAAAAUGUUCAAGACAAUACUGUGGGAUCCAGCUGGAGGUUUAGCAUUAAUGCAGUGUCAGACAGAUGGAAAUGAGGUCUCCUCAGAUCCUUCUGCUUCCAAAAAGCCCAAAAUAGAUGACUCUGCUUCCCAAUCUCCAGCUUCCACUGAGAAGGAAAAACAGUCCAGUUGGUUACGGUCCUUAUCCAGCUCAUCUAAUAAGAGCAUUGGCUGUGUCCAUCCCCGCCAGCGGCUCUCUGCUUUCCGGCCCUGGUCCCCGGCUGUGUCAGCAAACGAGAAGGAGCUCUCAACCCACCUUCCCACCUUGAUCCGGGACAGUUUCUACUCCUACAAGAGCUUCGAGAAUGCCGUGGCCCCCAACGUGGCGCUCGCGCCCCCGGCGCAGCAG